AUGACAGCAUCGCCAGCUACAAAUGCUGCACUUCUUCAAUCAUUACAACGUGUACGUGAACGACAAAGUCGUGUUGAUGUAGUUUCACCAUCACGUCCACAAAAUAACGUUCCUAACAAUUCAUUACCAAUCGAAACAAUCACAACAGGUCCUAUUAAUGAACGACCUAAAGUUACAACGCCUGUUAAAGUUGUACGUCUACCAAAAACUGUAAUUCAAGAACCAUCAAAUACAUCACCUGUUUAUAUUCAAUAUCCACAACAAACAUACCCAACAAAUACAAAAUUAAUUCGUACAGAGCCUCAAGUCGUCGUACUCGAUUCACACCCAAGUAAACAAUCAUUAUUGAAUUAUCCUCAACGAAUUAACAAGUAUCAAACGAGAUAUUAUCCUGAUACAGAAAUUUUACUUAACCAAUCAAACUCUUCUGUUUAUCGAUAUUGUCAAUGUUGUGCUCGUGGUCGUCUUGCUUCAUCAUGUCCAUCAUGCUAUUUUUGUGAAUUAUUCUAUGGUUGUCCACUUUAUUGUUGGAUAUUGACUUUUCUUCUUCUUCUUCUACCUAUGCUUGCUCUUUUCGGAUGGCUCCUUUCAGAACAACCAGCAAUUAAUCCUGCUAAACGACAAUAUAUAACAGAACAAUCUUCAAUUGUUCAAAAUGAUGUUUAUGAUGUAAUGCAUAAUUGUGCAGUACCAUAUUGUACUAAUGCAUCCCCUGCAACAACAAUUAAUCAAUUAUAUCUUACUUAUCAUGAUUAUUCAGCAACACAAAUAAGUUUUAAUGAAGAAACAAAACAAUAUUAA